CUUGACCUUGCCAUUUUUCAAACCCACCAUUGCAACCCCGUGGGCUCCUAGUUAUUAGCAUAGCCUGUGUACGUGCACGAUACAAUCAGCUGCCCAUUCAGAGACAUGCAAGCAACCACGUUGUAGUUCGCGAUCCCUGCCGGAGCCGAGCAGUGUGCCAGCUCUCUUCAUUCACAUAGGCGCCCUGGUGGAGUUCUGCUUGUGGGUCAGUUUCCACAGCUCAGUCGUUUCUCACCCAAAGACUUUCCAGCCUCUGCUACUUCUAGUCUUUCGUUCAUCUCAGUUCUCUUUCUCUAUCCUCACACAAUGACUAUGACGCUUAACUGUGCCAUAAUAAUGGCUAUCUUGUUCUCGUUCACCGCUGCGGCUGUCUUGUUCUCUUCCACCGUGGCGGCUGGCUUCUUCUCAUCUACCGUUCCCGCUCGCUUGUUCUCAUCCGCUGUUGUGUCUGCGGCUGCGGAUCUGACAGGCUACGUCCUGCCCAACACAGGUCAGGAAAAUGGGGGGAACACAUUCCCGGGAGUGAGCUGGCCGUUGGGCAUAGUGAAACUUGGGCCAGAUCUGUACGACGGAAGUGAUGCAUACUCCGGCUAUAGGCCCGACGGAAACUUCACUGGGUUCUCCAUGCUACAUGAGAGUGGCACAGGCGGCGCACCGAAAUAUGGCGUGGUCUCACAGAUGCCAGUCCUGGGGGACAUCCCCAACCCGCUGGAGGAUCACAGCGACACAAGGCUCUCCCCUGAUAUAAGCGAGGUGGGAUACUACAGGUCGUUCUUGGGCUCCGGCAUUACUGUUGAGCUGGCGGGCACCGAGAGGGCAGGGUUCUACCAAUACAGCUUCCCGGACAACAGCGAGGCCAGAAACGUGAUUGUCGACGUGAGUCAUGUGCUUUCGAGCUAUCGCGGCAUGGGCCUUGAGCAGUCCUACCUGGGAGGCAACAUUGAGGUGAUUGGGGGUGAUACCAAUGCAGGGUAUUACAAAGGCUACGGUUCGUAUGACAACGGCUGGAACCGAGCACCGAAGUGGACAGUCUACUUCUGCGGGCACUUCGAUCCGCCUCCAUCGACAUACAAGACCUUCCUCGGUGCUGGGAACACCGACAGCUCGCUUGUUGAGUACCCGGCCGGCGACAAUGUCACUUCGACGUCGCGCCUUGGCGUCGUGUAUACAUUCGACGGUACCACGAAUGUUACUUCGAGAGUCGGGGUAUCCUUCAUUUCUGCGGAACAAGCCUGCUCGAAUGUCGACUCCCAGAUCCCUCCCGGCACCACCCGCAAGCAGCUGACAGCUCGGACCAAAGAUGCGUGGAACAGCGAAGUGCUGUCAAAGGUCACAACUACCGACACAAGAAACCUGGCUGACCUGCAGCUCCUAUACUCAUCACUGUACCACCUGAAUAUAAUCCCGACGAACAAGACGGGUGAGAAUCCUUUGUGGGCGUCUUCAGAGCCGUAUUACGACGACAUAUUCACACUAUGGGACCUGUUCCGAUGUGGCACGGCUCUGUUCCAUGUCAUCCAUCCAAAGGCAUACACAGAGUACAUCCGGUCUCUCAUCGAUAUUUGGAGAAACGAAGGCUACAUGCCAGAUGCGCGCUCGUCCUUCUGGAACGGCGCAACCCAGGCCGGCUCGAAUGCCGACAACGUCCUCGCGGAUGCGUACGUCAAGGGCGUGCGGGACGGUGUCAACUGGGAGGACGGAUACUCCGCCAUGCUCACGGACGCGGAGGUGACCCCGCCGAAUAACAACGACCCCCGCGAUCCCACCGGCUCGACCAAGGAGGGACGAGGGGCGCUGCCUGACUGGCUCGAGCAUGGCUUUAUUACUCCGUCUUUCGGCCGGUCUGUCACCCGGGCGGUGGAGUACUCGGUUAAUGACUUUGCCGUGUACACAGUUGGUGAGGGGCUGGGCGAGAAGAACGCAUCGACUUAUUUGAAUCGGAGCCGCAACUGGAGAAAUCAUUGGAAUCCUGAUGCCGAGUCGCUGGGCUUCUCCGGGUUCGUUGUCCCGAGAGACCUCUCCGGGUUCAUCGAGCAGGAUCCUCUCAGCUGCGGGGGGUGCUACUGGGCAGAUUACUACUACGAAGCCCUACCAUGGGAGUACUCCUGGAACGCCCACCACGACAUUGACACAAUCAUCUCCUACACUGGCGGAGAAGCAAACUUUGUGAAGCGCCUCGAGAUGAUGUUCACCCCAGGAGCCUACCCAUCCGGCUCCUUUGACCAGAUGAUAUUCAACCCUGGCAACGAGCCCUCGUUCACCACUCCGUACCUCUUCAACUUUGUCAACCGCCAAGACCUCACAGUCUACUACACACGGAAGUUCGCCAAGGCUUACUAUACUCCAACACCCGGUGGUCUACCCGGCAACUCGGAUGCCGGCGCGAUGGAGAGCUGGGUGCUGUGGAUCAUGCUGGGCUUGUAUCCGAUGACUGGCCAGACCACGUUUCUGAUUGGCAGUCCCUGGUUCUCAGACCUGACGAUAAGUCUUGGUGAUGGCAAGAAGCUGGAUAUCACGACCACGGGAGGAAGUGAGACGUCUUACUAUGUCCAAAGUUUGAAGGUGAAUGGAAAGGCCUGGAACAAGUCAUGGGUGACGUGGUCGGAUGUUUUCGAGAAGGGUGGGACGAUGGAUUUUGUGUUGGGUCCUAGUCCGUCGAACUGGACGACCGGCCCGCCCCCACCGAGCCCUGGGACGGAAGCUGCCGGACAACGACAGAGAUGAUUUCGGGUAGGGUGUCUUGAGACAUGCUUUUAGCCUCUCUAGAUUCGUUCCUGCAUCAAAACGCAUUGUGCCA